AUGAGCCAAGAUCGAUCUAUUGUUGUUGCCUCUCAUAAGAAAACUAAGAAGGAGAAGAAUGAGCACCGAAUACGAUUAAAUGCUUCAAUUAAGGUAUUAAAGCUUUUGAAGAAAAUGUAUUAUUCUUGUGAAGCAAAUGGUAUUAAAUCUUUGGAUAUGGAAGACCGUUAUUUAAAAAACGGAAGACAAAGGACCAACAUCACCAAUCGUCAUUAUUACAAGUUUGAUAUUUUCAACACUGUUGUGGACAUGCAAAUUCAAGAGUUUGGGGAUCGAUUUAGUGAGGUAAKCACUGAAUUGCUUAAAAAUAUAGCAGCUUUGAGUCCAUGUGAUUUAUUUUCACAGUUUAAUGUAUCAGAUUUAUUGAAGUUGAGUGAGCUGUAUUCUCCAGAUUUUAGUCGUAUGGAAAGGAUCGCUCUUGAGAAACAACUUAACAUGUACUAUUUGAUUGUGCAUCAAGAUAAAAGAUUUGCCGAUUUGAGUGGUAUUGCCGAGCUCGCUAGAUUGCUAGUGGAAACAAAAAAACAUACAACUUAUCCUCUAUUAUAUCGGUUAUUGAAGUUAGCUUUGGUUUUGCCAGUUGCUACCACAACAGUCGAAAGAUGUUUUUCUGCUAUGAAGAUUGUGAAGUCAGAUUUUCGCAACAAAAUCGGUGAUGAAUUUUUGAAUGCUACAAUGAUAUAUACUAUAAAAAAGAAGCACUUUUCAUAG